AUGUCAUAAGUUAUACCUCAUUUAGUUUGUCUAAAUAAUCAUAAUGAACCUAUUACAAAAGUUAGAUUGAAUAAAAAACUCACUUCAAAAGAUAGAUUUAUGUGUGAUUUAUGUGGGGAACAAAAAAAUAAUGAUCAGAUUUUAGAUAUUACUAAUGUUUAAUUAAUGAUCUCUGAUUUUAAAGAGAGAUAAAAAGAAUAAAUAGAACUCUUUACCCAAUUUAAAUUUUAACAACUUUUAAAAAUAGAAAAUAAUAUUUCGAAUUUGAAAUCUACAUUAAAUAGAUUGAUAGAAAAAUUGGAAAAACAUACAAAAUAUUGGAGAGAAUAUAUGAAUUCCUUGUAAAUUAAUGAUUGUGUUUCAGAUUUCAAUAAAGAUGUUGAUAAAUUGAUUGAAAAUAAAUGGGAUGACGAGUUGAAAGAAUACUAUAUGAAUUUUGAGGAAAAAAAUUCGCAAUGGAUAUAAAAAAUGGAAAUGGAUCUUAAUCGUUUUUAAAAUUUUUAAGAAAGUUAAGAUAUUAAAAGUAUAUUAAAGGAAUCAAUAAUUUUAAAAGACAUUUCUCCUGUAAGAGUAAAAGAUAAUUCAAUAUCAUUAAAUUUAAUUAAUAAUACAUCGUAUCAGAAUGAAACUUGUAAUGCUAUUUCAAUUAAUAAAUCAGGAACAAUUAUUGCUACAACUAAAGAAAAUUAUAUAGUUAUUUGGGAAUUUAUAAAUGGUAAGAUGAACUUUUUAACUCAUUUAGACAGACACAUGGAUUAUGUAACCUGCUUGAUAUUUAGUAAAAAAAGGGAUACAAUAAUUUCUGCUUCUUAAGAUAAAACAAUUCUUUGUUGGUAAAUGAAGAAUCAAAAAUAAUGGAUUUGCUCAUAAUUAAAUUUUUAGCAUAAUGGUCCAAUAAAUUGUAUAUUGUUAAAUUAAAAUGAAAAUUAGCUUAUAAGUGGAGGUUCUGAUGAAAAGAUACUCAUCUGGAAUCUUGAUUUAAAUUCAAACAAGUUAACAUAUUCAUAUUAGCUAUAAUUAACUGCAGGAGAUGUGGAAGGCUUAACUAUGAAUCAGUCAGAAACUAUAUUAGUUUCUUGCCAAAUUAAUAAAUCUAUUUUAAUAUGGAAAAAAGGAAAUGAUGAUAAAUGGAAACUUUAAUCAACAGUUACAAAGUAGGUUGAUGAAUUUGCAUCAAGAAUUCUUUUUUUAAAUAAUAAUCGUUUUAUAUGGGUAUCUGGAGAUAAGGAGAGUUAGGAUUGCAUUUUUGUUUAUUAAGAACAAAAAGGAUAAUUUUCAGAAGACUUUUAAUCAAGAAUAAGUUUGGAAAAAAACAACAAGGAAUUUGAUUUUCAUCUAUUUCCAGUUAUAUAUAAUUAAGAGAAAAAUAUUAUAAUAGUCAAACAUAAAAUUAGAAUCUAUAUAGUAAAAGAAUAUCCAGAUUAAAUAUUGAAAAUAGCUGGAGUCAUUACUUGUAAAUCUACUAGACUAUUUGGAUCUUUAACGAAUGAUGGGCAAUUUUUAAUUUACUGGGAUGCUAACGGAAGGGAAGGGGUUGGUGGUUAAUACUUUAUUUACAAGAUAUGAUUUUGAUAUAUUCUAAAAAUAUUUAAGUUUUUAAUAAUAUUCAUUUUUUAUCAUUUAGAAUUAAGAACAAANUUGAAAGAAUACUAUAUGAAUUUUGAGGAAAAAAAUUCGCAAUGGAUAUAAAAAAUGGAAAUGGAUCUUAAUCGUUUUUAAAAUUUUUAAGAAAGUUAAGAUAUUAAAAGUAUAUUAAAGGAAUCAAUAAUUUUAAAAGACAUUUCUCCUGUAAGAGUAAAAGAUAAUUCAAUAUCAUUAAAUUUAAUUAAUAAUACAUCGUAUCAGAAUGAAACUUGUAAUGCUAUUUCAAUUAAUAAAUCAGGAACAAUUAUUGCUACAACUAAAGAAAAUUAUAUAGUUAUUUGGGAAUUUAUAAAUGGUAAGAUGAACUUUUUAACUCAUUUAGACAGACACAUGGAUUAUGUAACCUGCUUGAUAUUUAGUAAAAAAAGGGAUACAAUAAUUUCUGCUUCUUAAGAUAAAACAAUUCUUUGUUGGUAAAUGAAGAAUCAAAAAUAAUGGAUUUGCUCAUAAUUAAAUUUUUAGCAUAAUGGUCCAAUAAAUUGUAUAUUGUUAAAUUAAAAUGAAAAUUAGCUUAUAAGUGGAGGUUCUGAUGAAAAGAUACUCAUCUGGAAUCUUGAUUUAAAUUCAAACAAGUUAACAUAUUCAUAUUAGCUAUAAUUAACUGCAGGAGAUGUGGAAGGCUUAACUAUGAAUCAGUCAGAAACUAUAUUAGUUUCUUGCCAAAUUAAUAAAUCUAUUUUAAUAUGGAAAAAAGGAAAUGAUGAUAAAUGGAAACUUUAAUCAACAGUUACAAAGUAGGUUGAUGAAUUUGCAUCAAGAAUUCUUUUUUUAAAUAAUAAUCGUUUUAUAUGGGUAUCUGGAGAUAAGGAGAGUUAGGAUUGCAUUUUUGUUUAUUAAGAACAAAAAGGAUAAUUUUCAGAAGACUUUUAAUCAAGAAUAAGUUUGGAAAAAAACAACAAGGAAUUUGAUUUUCAUCUAUUUCCAGUUAUAUAUAAUUAAGAGAAAAAUAUUAUAAUAGUCAAACAUAAAAUUAGAAUCUAUAUAGUAAAAGAAUAUCCAGAUUAAAUAUUGAAAAUAGCUGGAGUCAUUACUUGUAAAUCUACUAGACUAUUUGGAUCUUUAACGAAUGAUGGGCAAUUUUUAAUUUACUGGGAUGCUAACGGAAGGGAAGGGGUUGGUGGUUAAUACUUUAUUUACAAGAUAUGA